UAAUGACAAGCAUUACUCCUGCCCCAGAGGAAAUGGCAGAAGUCACAGCUUCCCCAUUGGUAAUCACAGAUAUUACUCCUGCCCAGGCUGUCAUCACCGAAGUUACUCCUGCGCCUGUUAUAAUGACAAGCAUUACUCCUGCCCCAGUAGCAAGCACAGUGGCUGCAGUUGCCCCAGUUGUUAGCACAGAGGUUACUGCUGCCCCUGCUGUAAUCCCAGCGGUUGCUUCAGAGGUACAGGCAGCUGUUGUACUUGUGCCAGAACUUCAGACAGCUGUUAUAGCUGCCCCAGAAGUGAGAGCAGUGGUUGCAAAUGCUCUUGUGGUAGAAACACCAAGUGUGGUUGUGCCCGAAGUAGAGGUAGAUCCAGCUGUUAUUGUUUCUUCAUUACAGUCAGAAGUUGUUGCUCCCCCAAAAGUGGACACAGCAGUUGUAACAACUCCAGAGGUACGGGCCAUGGCAGUUGUGGAGACAGAAAAACCUAUAGUGGAGGCAAAAACCCCUACUCCAAUUGCUCCAAUUGCUCCAGUCUCUCCAGUGAACGUAACAGUGACUGUGACUGUGACAUCUACAAUAGCUAAAGAGUCCCAUAACCCAGAGCCCCCUAAAGUGGACAUCCCUGUUGCCCCUGCCCCUGUUGUAAUUAGCCCUGUUGCCCCUGUUAUAACUGCCCCUGUUGUCCCUGUUAUAGCUGCCCCUGUUGUAACUGCCCCUGUUGCUCCUGCCCCUGUUGCCCCUGCCCCUGUUGAGACUGCCCCUCCUGCCGCAACAGCAGAGAAGCCAGCUGUCAUGGGCCAAAUCCCACAGCAAGUGACUAUUCCAAAGACAAAGGCAGUUCACACACCAGAAACAGAGGAUGAUGUGUGGGAGGAUGCAGUGGAUGACAUGAUCCCUAAGAUAGAAGUGGCAUACGCUAUUGCCACACCUUCAAUUGUGACCGGUGAAUGUGUUCAAGAGCAAGCAGAAGAUACCAGUGGUAAGGAAGCUGAAUUCAGUGACCCAAUUCAGUCCAAAGAGGAGGGAAGUGUGACAGCGGACGUCCGACCCCAGGAAGACUCAGCUGGCCUUAAGGCCGAAGAAGGACCGGCGGCUGAGCUGCAAACCUCAUCCGAGUUUGAAUUCCAAGAUGCUGCUGAGAAUUCAGAUUCCACCCUCAAUGGAACUUAAAAAGCAGUUGUUUCAAUGCAGCCAAGCUGGUUCAAUGCAGGAAAAGGAAGGUGAAUCGCCCAAUGUUCUUCAGAGGACCAUCAGAUGAACUGCCUGGCUGAAUUUCGCAAGAUAGACCAAGGACUCCAUCUUAACACCCUGGCACAGAGUUCAUCUCAGCUCAGAGGACAAUAUUCUGAAAGCAGCUAUUGUGCAGAUAUGCCAUUUUGGUUUUGCCAAUGUGAUUAUCUAACUGCACUAUCAGCAGUGCACAUGACUACGAUGAAGAGUUUUCACUGUUUGGUUAUCGUAUCAAUUUCUGUUGACUUCAAAUUUAAUUAGAAAGUCAUUUUUACUCUACCGAGGAGAAUGAUUGUUUCUUUUAAUUCAGAAAUGCUUUAAUCAGGAAUUUGUGUCAAGUAUAUAUAUAUUUUGUCCUCACGCUAAUGAGGAUUAAUUAUGUAUGUCAUUCAGCAACCCAACAGGGUAGUCUGUUUCUAACCAAAGUUCAUAAUAACAAGCAUUCUGUUGUUUAAUUGGUAAUUUCAUUUAAGAGUCCUUACUUCAAAUAUAGAAUGCAUUCAUUUAGUUUGUAUUAUUUUACAACAUAAUGUAAUGUGAACAAAUUCUACAUUAAUAAUGAUUGUUUUUUCUGUUGCGUAAUAAUUCAUAACAGUUAUUUGACCACUGCUUUUGAAACACUGAUGAUAUUUGAAUGAGAUAAAUACAAAAGAUGUAUUUGGCUGAACUAAAUUGGCAAGUGUAAAAAUUUACUUCACAUUUUUGUGAGAUCAUAUCUCACAUCUGACUUUCUCUGAACCGUAUCUCAUACUUAUAGGUAAAAAUGAGGAAGGGGAGCAGCGAUAUGUAAUAUCUGUUGACUCCUUAUUCAAAGACACUCUGUGUCUGUGUAUGUGGGUGCAUAAAAGAGGUUAUAUCUGUCAGAAAUGGCAGGUUUAUCAGGGGAGUAUGGCCAAGGAUUGAUUGAUUUUUUUCUCCUUGAUCAUUUUGUAUCUCAUCUAAAUUGUAUCCAUCAUAUGGUAUUUGUACAAAUUGUAUACCUAAGCAUCCUAAAUGACACAUUAACAAAUAACUAAAUAUUAUACAAAACAGUACCUGUAACUUUUCAGAU